AAUAGGGGCGACUUGGUUUUGGCGCUGAGAGAAGAGACAGGCCCAAGCGGGGCGCUUUUGUUGCAGGCAGAGGGAGGGAGAUAGCUAGAAUAAAAUAUAUAGGAGCCAAAUUUCUUCAGCUCUGGUCUUGCAUCCUGCAAAAAACGGGGCCUCUCCCGAAUCUACGGCUACGAUCCUAGCUACUAUGGAGACCAAGAUCGGACAGAGCGUGUAGUCCCAGUCGCGUUUCAGUCGCAGAGUUGAGAAACGACGAGGCACAUUAUCGCUGCUUUCUUGAAAUCGUUCUAUGAUUGUGCAUUUGUGUGAACAGAACCAGGGAUUUAAUAUUUGGCAUUUGUUUAGAAUGGAACACGCUGAAGGCCCUGUAAGACAAAGGGAAACCUAAGGAUGCUGGAUCAGAACGAUGGAUUUCUCCUUUUCUUUCAUGCAACGGAUCAUGGGAAACACAAUUCAGCAACCUCCCCAGCUCAUUGACUCCGCCAACAUCCGCCAGGAGGACGCGUACGAUGCCGUCAGCGACCCCGGGGAUGACGCCGGCCCCCCCUCCUACGAGGCGGCCCUGGAGCCCGGCUUCACCUACCCUCCUGAAGACCUGCCGGCGGUGGCGGUCGCCAACGGCUACCCGGUGGCGGCCGUUGGCGCCUACGACUCCCAGGCGAAGUUCGCCCUGUACUCGCAGUUCCCCCCCAACGGCUCAAUGGCGAACGGCUACGGCGCCAUCCGGGGCUACGGCGAGCAGCACGGCAUGCUGCUCGGGGACGGGACGGUCCUGAGGCCCCCGGUGGUGCAGGAGAAGCCCCCGACGACGCACGUGCUCCCCCCUCCUCCCCCCCACCACCCGAGCCUCCAUCAUCAUCACCAGCCCCACACACAUCUCCACCACCCUCAUCCUCAUCUUCAUCACACCCAGAACGCACCACUGAUGCCCCCUCAUCACCACCUCCCGCCCCCUCCGCACCUCAUGCCUCCCGUGCUCCCCCUGCCACCCCCGUUACUGCUGCCCUCCUCGCCGUCCCUCCUCUCCGCGCACGACAGUGGCAGUAGCUCCGCCGCCCCCAGCCCCCUCACUCCGCCCGGCAUCAUGCCCAAAAAGACUAACUCCCCCGAGAUCAAGCUCAAGAUCAUCAAGACCUACCAGAACGGCCGAGAGCUCUUCGAGUCGGCGCUGUGCGGAGACCUGCUGCAGGAGUUCCCGUCCGCAGAGGCCUCGCCCCGCCACCACGAGCAGAAGAAGGAGAAGAGGAAAAAGAGGAGCGGACGGCAGAGCGGCGCGCUCUCAGAACAAGAGCCUCCGCCGCAGUUUCCCAAAGCAGGAGGAGGAGGAGGAGGAGGAGGGCCCGAGGUCACCAUCUCUGCUCACCCUUUGGAGAGACGCGUGGCAUCAAAGGAGGAACCCCUGGCGCGGAUUAUUAGGAGUCCCAAAGCAGAAGCCAAGGAAAAGAAAAUUGAGCAGCACUUUCCCACUGUCAUCACGGGCACCGGCUGCUGCAAGGAGUUCGACAUCGGCGACCUGGUGUGGGCCAAGGUGGGCACGUACCCCUGGUGGCCGUGCAUGGUGUCAUGCGACCCGCAGCUGAAGGUUCACACGCGCAUCAACACUCGAGGGCACAGGGAGUACCAUGUGCAGUUCUUCGGGAGCAUUCCGGAGCGGGCCUGGAUCCACGAGAAGAGAGUGGUGGUGUACCAGGGCGAGAGCCAGUUUGAGGACCUGCAAAAUGAUACGCUCAAAAGGAGCACCAACCCCAUCGAGAGACAGAAGCUGCUGAAGCCCCAGUCUCAGAGGCAGCGUGUUCAGUGGGAGGUGGGGGUGGGUCACGCGGAGGCCGCCCUGCUGAUGUCCCGGGAGGAGCGGAACGAGAGCUACACCUUCAUUUACGUGGACAAGGAGCCCGGGGGCGCCCCGCCCGGCGGAACCCCACCCGGGGCGGGCACCAUGGCGGGCAGACCGCCGCGCAAGCUGGGCAAGCCGGAGCGCAAGGUCAGGCGCUCUCGCAGCGGCCCCACGGAGAGGGAGGGGGGCGGAGGAGGAGGAGGGGGAGGGGGCCCUCGCCGCCAGCAGCCACGAAGGCAGUGCAGCAUGACCAGUGGGGAGGAGCAGUCGUCACCAGCCCGCAGGCGCAGCGACGGGGAUGAGGAGGAGGAGGAGGAGGAGGAGGAGGAGGAGGAAGAGGAUGAGGAGGAUAUGGAGUCCGGUGCCCGACGCGGCCUGCGCCACGGUGGCUCGCCCGGACGGGACGUCUCACACGGUCACGCCGCCCCUCACCCGCAGGACGCCAGCUCAGCCUCGGCCUCCGCCUCGUCGCCCCCGCCGCCGGUGAAGACGGCAUGGAAGACGGCUGCGGCACGGAAGCUGCUGCCGCUCUCCCUCACCAUGAAGAAACUGAAUGUGGAGAUCAUCAAGUGCGACUGGCAGCUGCCCAAGGAGAAGCUGCUGCUGCUGCCGCCCAAGCAGGUGGAGAAGGAGGAGGAGGAGGAGGAGGAGGAAGAGGAGGAGGAGGAGGAGGAGGACGAGAGACCCAGCGAGCAGGCACCCUCUCCAGAGGGUUCCCCGCAGGGUUCCAGUGACAAGGCCGAGGUUCUGUCGAGUGAGGAGGAGAGGGAACACUCGCCCUGUGAGUGGACAAGCAGCCAGGAGGAGGCCACACACACACCGACCACUGAGCACUCCUCAGGUCCGCUGGAGAGGAAGCCACAGCGCCGGUCUGGGAGGAGUCGGUCCGAGUCAGAGAAGAGCGUUGAGCCGGUACCAAAGAAGAAGGUCAAAAAGGAGCAGGCAGAGACUGCGCCUCAGAUGGAUUUGAGGACUGGGUUCCAGAAAGGAGCCAGUGAGAUCUCAGACUCCUGCAAGCCGCUGAAGAAGCGGAGCCGAGCGUCCACCGACCUGGAGAUGGCGAGCUCGCUCUACCGAGACACGUCCGACUCCGACUCACGAGGCCUCAACGACCCACAGAUGGGGUUUGGGAAGCGCUCGGACAGCCCCACCACAAUGGAUGCCGACGGAUCGGAUUCCCUGUCGGUGGACUCCAACCUGUCCGGGGAGGGCAGUAGCUUGUUCAAGAGGGAUAACAUCUGUCAGAAAUGCGACACGUUCGGUGACUCGUUGGUGUGCUGCGAGGGCGAGUGCAGCCGACCUCUCCACCCAGAAUGCCUCGCUGCCGGCUCGGAGGGGGAGCCCAUCUGCCAGGAGUGUAAAACAGGUUCCCAUCCCUGUUUCUCCUGCAAGGUCUCUGAGGGGGGCACGAGGAGGUGCACGGUGAGUGACUGCGGGCGCUUCUACCACGAGGCGUGUGCCAGGAAGUACCCGGGCACCUCCUUCGACCAGCGGGGGCUCCGCUGCCCACAGCACAGCUGCGCCACCUGCUGUUUGGAGAAGGAUGUGCAGAAGGCCAGCAAAGGUCGUCUGAUGCGCUGCGUGCGCUGCCCCGUGGCGUACCACACUGGCGACGGCUGCGUGGCCGCGGGCUCCGUGCCCAUCACCCCGCACAUCAUCGUCUGCAGCAACCACUCCAGCUCGCGCAGGAACGGCAACCUCUGCUCACCGGUAAACGUAGGAUGGUGUUUCCUCUGUUCCCGAGGGCUCUUAGUGCACGACCACACUGACCUCAUAUUAAGCUCAUAUACCUUUAAGUCUCACUUCCUUCUGACUGAGUCAAACCGUGCCGAGUUGAUGACAUUACCUCUGCUAUCUUCUCCUUCGUCAGCUACCCAAAAGAAUAUUGGCAAAGGAGGAAGACUACUGUGUUGUGACGGUUGCCCAGCAGCCUUCCACCCAGAGUGUUUGAACAUGGAGAUGCCGGAGGGAGUCUGGCUCUGCCGGGGGUGCCGGGCGGGGAAGAAGCCCCACUACAAGCACAUCGUCUGGGUCAAGCUGGGGAACUACCGGUGGUGGCCGGCCGAGAUCUGUAACCCUCGCCUGGUGCCGUCCAACAUCCAGACGCUGAAGCACGACGUGGGGGACUUCCCCGUCUUCUUCUUCGGUUCCCACGACUACUACUGGAGCAACCAGGGGCGCGUCUUCCCCUACGUGGAGAGCGACCGCAACUUCGCCGAGGGCCAGGUCGGCAUCAACAAGACCUUCAAGAAGGCGCUGGAGGAGGCUGCCAGGAGGUUUCAGGAGCUGAAGGCCCAGAGGGAGACUAAAGAGGCUCUGGAGCAGGAACGCAACUCCCGCAGACCCCCGCCCUACAAACUCAUCAAGUCCAACAAGCCGGUGGGGAAGGUGCAGGUGCACGUGGCCGACCUGACGGAGAUCCCGCGCUGCAACUGCCGCCCGUCCGACGAGCGCCCGUGCGGGCAGGACACCCAGUGCCUGAACCGCGUGCUCCAGUACGAGUGCCACCCGCAGGCGUGCCCGUCCGCCGAGCGCUGCCACAACCAGAGCUUCUCCCGACGCCACUACCCCGACACCGAGGUCUUCAAGACCCACGACCGCGGCUGGGGCCUCAAGACCAGGCAGGACCUCAAGAAGGGGGACUUUGUGAUGGAGUACGUCGGGGAACUCAUCGACUCCGAGGAGUGCCGUCAGCGGAUCCGCCAGGCCCACGAGAACCAUGUGACCAACUUCUACAUGCUCACACUCACUAAGGACCGGUUCAUUGACGCGGGGCCUAAGGGGAACGUGGCCCGCUUCAUCAACCACAGCUGCAGCCCCAACUGUGAGACCCAGAAGUGGACGGUGGACGGAGAGGUCAGGAUCGGCCUCUUCACCCUCUGUGACAUCCCCGCAGACGCUGAGCUGACCUUCAACUAUAAUCUGGACUGUCUGGGGAACGGGCGGACAUCUUGCCACUGCGGGGCGGAGAACUGUAGCGGGUUCCUGGGGGUUCAGCCCAAGAGUGUGGUGGUGAUGGAGAAGGAGGAGAAGGUGCGGAACUCGAAGCUGAAGCCUCGGAAGCGAAAGCUGAAGCCGGAGGGCCAGGAGUACUGCUGCUUCUGCUGCGGCGAGGGCGGCGAGCUGGUCAUGUGCGACCGCAAGGACUGCCCCAAAGCCUACCACCUCCUCUGCCUCAACCUCCCCACACCCCCCUACGGGCGAUGGGAAUGUCCGUGGCACCAGUGCGACGUGUGCCAGCGCGCCUCGACCGUCUUCUGCGACUUCUGCCCCGCGUCCUUCUGCCGAGACCACGAGAGGGGGAGCCUGGUGCCCUCGGCCCUGGAGGGGCGCGCCUGCUGCCCCAAGCACAACCCCCAGAGACCCCGGGAGGUCGAAGGUCAAGCCAAGGUCAAGAUAGAGGAGAUAGAAGAGGAGGAGGAGGAGGAAGAGGAGGAGGAGGAGGAAGAAGAAGAAGAGGAGGAGGAGGAGGAGGAGGAGGAGGAAGGACAGCCAGACUCACCUGAGGAACCAGCUGAGUGAAGCAGAUUGCUGGAGGAAGAGGUUGUGGUUCCACAACGAGUGUGUGUGUGUGUGUGUGCGCGCACGCGCGUGUGUGAAUGUAUGUAUGUAUGUAUGUAUGUAUGUAUGUACGUACGUACGUGUGUAUGUGUGUAUGUGUGUGUGUGUUUACCAGACAAUGAGUGUAAGCGAAAAAGACUGGAGGCAUGUCUGUUUUUGUUUUUUCUUUUUUUUAAAUCACUCGGACACACGUCCGCUCUUCCCUCGCCAUUCUGGUGUGACAGCUGACAACAUAUCACACUCUGGGUGUGUCUCUCAGCUGGUGUGACAACAUAUCACACUCUGGGUGUGUCUCUCAGCUGGUGUGAAACAACAUAUCACACUCUGGGUGUCUCUAAGCUGAUAAAACAACAUAUCACACUCUGGGUGUGUCUCAGCUGGUGUGACAACAUAUCACACUCUGGGUGUGUCUCAGCUGGUGACACAA